UUAAAAAAAAUUACCUGCAACACAUACACAGGCACGAUUACGUAAUCACUACGUGUAUGAACACCGGAUUUUGAUCAUGCUAGCAAGGUGUGAUGGUAACAAAUAUUUUUGAGACGAUAAGACGAAAGUGAAAAGGCUGCAUAGUCAUUGUGGAUUUUGUUGUUGGAGGAAAGAAGCAGUUGUAUUUGGGAAUCUUCUCAUUUAGCUUCUACGGUUGUUUUGCAGUAAAGUCCCGCCGCUCGUGUGGCUUCCAUCCAAUGCCAUUUAGUUUUUCGAUUGUCAUGUCUCGGUAUAUUGAGCAAUUUGAUUGGCUAUUUUUUGGGAUCUCCUUUUUAAGUGGAUGAUGUUACUCACGUGACACGUGAGUAAGCCAGCGCUGUUCAACAUGGCGGGUGGAUUUUAAUUGAGCGAAAGAUAGAACGAAAGUCGGAGACAAACAACUAAUUUGUGGGAUUAUUUGCAACUUUAAGGCUGGAGAUUAUUAGUUUUCCCUGCGUUAUGGACGAUUCAGAGUAUGAAAGCCUGCCAACGGAGAAGGUGACGGUACAUCUUGCCGCGGGUGCUAUGGCAGGAGUCAUGGAACAUUGUGUAAUGUACCCUGUGGACUGCGUUAAGACAAGGAUGCAGAGUUUGCGUCCACAUCCAAAUGCUGUCUAUAAAAGCAUUGGGGAUGCUCUCACAACGAUGGUUAAAAAAGAAGGACUUUUUACCCCUCUUAGGGGAAUGAAUGUGGUAGCAAUAGGAGCUGGUCCUGCGCAUGCAUUCUAUUUCAGUACUUACGAGGCAACUAAGAAGUUCUUGAAUGGGAACCAAGACACAUACAAUCCUGUUUCACAUGGUCUUGCUGGAAUUUGUGCAACAGUAUUUCAUGAUGGUGCCAUGAAUCCUGUAGAAGUGAUCAAGCAAAGGAUGCAGAUGUAUGGGAGUCCAUAUCGUAGUGUUCUUCAUUGUAUAAGGACUGUACUUCAUGAGGAAGGGUUCAGAGCCUUCUAUCGCAGUUACACAACUCAGCUUUCAAUGAACAUACCUUUCCAAAGUUUACACUUUACUGUGUAUGAAUAUGCACGAGAGACACUAAACCCAUCGCGUGGUUAUGACCCAAAGACUCAUGUGAUAGCAGGGGCAACUGCAGGAGCUGUUGCAGCUGCCGUAACCACACCACUGGAUGUAGCAAAGACAUUACUUAACACCCAGGAGAGGGAAGCUGUUUGUUUAGUUGGUAAACAAGAAGGACAUGCUUACCUAGAUGGAAUGGUUAUGGCUUUCCGCUCUAUUUACAGACUUCGUGGCUUCUCUGGGUAUUUCCAAGGAGUUCAAGCUAGAGUGCUUUAUCAAAUGCCGUCAUGUGCUAUUUGCUGGUCAGUUUAUGAGUUUUUCAAACAUUUCUUGCACCUGACUGAGAAAGAGACUACUGAUUAUGAACUCACUGUGGCUUAAAAGAAUGGGAAAUGGAGAAAUCCUAACAAAAGAUUCAUUCACCUGUAGAUGUGAAGAGGUAGUUGUCAUUAAUUGCAUAAAUUGUGUCUUCCAUGGAAUGCCUUAAUCAACUUAUUGACGAAGAUUGAAUAUGCAGAUGUUGGGGAAACCACAGCAUUAUGGAAAGUUAUAAAACCAUCCUUGAAAGGGUAAUCAGAUACAAUGGUUUCAAGCCAGUUCCUCAUACUGUUGUGGCUUUUCAAUGUAGAUGAAAGUUGAAUUCAAGGUAAAAGGAUGGGAGUUUGUCUGUAGGGUGACACGCCAGUUCUUCAUUCUAUUGCCUUGUUGUAGUUUUAAAAUGUAGAAAAGAAAGUAGAGGAGAGGAACGUUGGCUUCAGUGUUAUGCCACUUCCUGCCUCACCAAACAAUUCUGCAUACUGGUAGUGCAGUUUAUUACUGAUCAUGUGCUGCAUAUUAAAACUAUUAACAAUGCCUUCAGUUUAUGGAAUGAAGUAGUUUAGUAAGAGUAUAAAACGUAAAAGGAAAUUUAACCAUGCACCAGUAGAUUAAUUCAAAUUAAUCAUACAUAAGGGAGCUGCAAAUCUUAUGCCAAUGUUUUUUACAUGGAAAGUAUAUCCAUGUGUUUGUCAUGACACGACAGAUAUUUUUAUUGUAAAAGACAGUUACUGUAUUGUUAAAAUGUUUGAAUUUUGGGGUGGCUGCUGUUCAGGGAAGAAUUUGCAGUUUCAGUGUUCAGCCAUUUCUUGUUGUUAAGGAGGCACAGCUUAUUGCAGUGGAGUAAGAUAGGACUAUAGACUUUCUCUGCUGAGCUUUGUAACCUCCUCUGGGCAGCAAGAGCCUCUACCAGUCUUGCCAUUUCACUGGUACAAGGUAUCUUAAUCAUUUAUAUUAUGGCAUGAAAUAAGAGCUUUGUAUGGUUACAAAUAUAUGAGCAAGAGUCAAACUCGGUCUCACAGUGUUUGCCAGUUUCUCUCUGUUAAGGUGGUUAAAGAUGAAGAUUUGUGUAGUAAAUAAUUUUGAAUAAAAUUCAGCUCUUUUACACUGAAA